CUAUCCUCGUCUGCAGAGCCACUCGGCUUAAUUGGACGAGAAUGCGUUCAGACUAUCUGGAAGUAUAUGGUUUUGCGUAAUUGCGCAUGCGUCAAAGGUAAGUGAGAGAGGGAACUUUUGCGUCUGGUUUUGUUAAAAUCCUUAGGUGAAAAUCAAAGUUUAGAAGCAUUUUAUCUCUAUGGCGAGGUAAGUAUUUUUUGCGAGAAAAGUUUUGGCAGCGAUAUAAGAUCAGGUGAAAAGUGUUAACCUUUAAAGUUUCUUUGGACAGGUCUUAAAAAGAAAGCGUAUUUUUGACUAUUGUUAGCCAUUUAACCUUACCAGAGGUCUUUAACGCAAGGUUAAUAUUGUUGUUCCAAGCUAUAAGAAGCUAAUUUUCAAAGCUGGGGUUAAGGUUAAUACUGCAUGUAGCCAAUUUGGCUUAACAUAUAUUUAGACAACAAGUCACCGAAAUCUUACACCAAAAAAAAAAAAUUGCAAAAUUUUGGAGUGACCAACAAAGAGUAUUAUGGUAUGACGGCUAAAAACGGCUGUGUAGCAGACUAACGGGCGCUUUCCAUUCAAUAAAAACCUCCAGCUUGAAUUUUCGGCAACUUCCAGAAGCAAAUGGGACACGGCACUUUCAAAAAUUUCCAAAAAAGAGGACAACUGGUACACCCAAAUUUUGAAAAUUUUCGUCCCGAAAAUUUUCUUCCCAUGUCACUUUGCUACCGGAAUUUCUAGAACUUUCGGUUAAAUGGUUCGCAUUUCAGAAAAUCAACAGUUCUCGGACUUUCUGAGCUUUUCUCGGGAAAUUCCCGUACCAUUCAGCACCGUCUCCAAAUUUUCGGAAGUUUAGGUCGAAAGGAGCGAAAGCGCCCUAGGUAAACUUGUGCCUACAAAACAAAGAAUAGUCUACAGCUUCAUUGGUUCUUACACGCGGGGGGGGAGGGGGGGGUGGGGGGUGCUCAACAAAGUUUUAUACGACUCCUUACCCUUUUAUAUAGCCUUUUUCGCGAAAAAGGUACUCCUUUCACAUACCUCUUUGAGAACUUUGCAUCCCUCUUAACUGCUGUAAAUGCAUUGUCAUUUAAAUAGGAAUCAAUCACAAAAAUAUAAAGUUUUCCCUACAUUAUAAAGCCAUAAAAUUCAUCUGUUCGGCCCUUUGGGCCAUUUCACAGACCCAAAUGACAGAUUUCCCUACCCUUUCAUAUACCUGAAGCCUGAAAAAGAUACCCCUUUUGGCGGAGCCUCCGCGUAUAGGCCAUUACAGGAAGUACCCCCCUCCCCCCGGCUCUUACACCAAGGAAAACCCACAAUUUGGGCUUUGAUUUAUACCGAGGUAAAAUUUUACUGAAAAUAAAGCCCAAUAUUCCAUGAGUUAGCGUUAAAAUUUGGCUUCUCUUUUAGCUGAAAUGGCCACUUAGAAAUUGACUAAUAUGUGAAUCCGGGAAAUUUUUGCUUGUGGAAUGCGGAAUCCCGGAAAUUUUUCUUUUAGGAUCCGGAAUCCUGGGCUUUGGAAUCCGGAAUACAGUUCGAGGAAUCCGGAUCGCACUAACGACUAGAAUCCGGAAUCCCAGUUCCACUGACAAAGAAUCGGCCGGAAUCCAGUGUCAGGUAUCUGGAAUCCAGAAUCCAAGACUGUCUAGGGUUCCCUUGUAUGUGGCGAAAACUCGUAUUCAUAGUUAACAUAACGUUUUUCAAUCGCCAUUUUUCUUCGCUCAUUACAUCUUACACAGAGCCCCUUCGUUGUCAUCAAACACGGCACCAGCUUCAUAAAAAAUGUUUGCUGUUUUUAUUUGGAGCGGAGUUAGAGUAAAAGACAAUGUUCUUCAAAAAUAAACAGGAAGUAACUGACCCAACUACGAAGAAAAAAAAAUCAAGGAAUGAGGCUGAAGAUCCCUCAGGGGUACCGUAGAGGGAUUGACCCAAAAAAGGGUAUAGGAAUCUGUAGCGACUAGCCUACUAAUCAUACAGCCGUUGCCUUAAGUUAAGGACAGCACACUCUGAGUUAGAAAACAUUUCCGAAAAAUGGCAAAAUACACGAUCUGCCAUCUCUUUACACUGUACUAAAAUUUAAGACAAAUGUUUGGGAAAAGCUCCUUGCAGUAAAUCGUUUGCCCUGUAACAGACAGGUAUCCUGGGACGUUCCUGGAUAAGGAAGUGUCUCCAUUUCCAUCCGGGUAAGUAUUUCAAUACUUUUCCGGAUGACGUGACGGUGACGCAAUUUGACAGUUUUAAUACUUACCCCGAUGGAAAAAUUGUUUGCGCUGCUAAUGCGGCGAGCGUGGAUAAAGUAACAUGACCUCUCUAGUUUGACAGAGAGGGUAAAAAGGUCGAUACAGUCAAAAUUCAUUUUUGGAAACUUGAACAGUCUGACUCUAAAUCUAAAAAAUGUAUCUUCUGUUAUGCCAUUAUGUCUGCCGGCUUCUAUAGUGUAUUAAAGAGUAGUUUAUUUGUAAAUUUCGAAAUAAGAAUUACUUGUUCCACGAUAACAAGCUGACACUGAAUUUUGUAGUUAUGUUACUCAAAAGAGAGAUACAAAAUUCCCUGAGCCAAAUAAGUCACUCUGUAUAUAACAAUGCGAAAUGUCGCCGUUUCUUUAAUGCCAAUUAAUGGGCGCAGUCUGUUUCUGUGAAAUACAUAUAAAAAACCGUGGAGAAGAAUUGCGGUAAGCAAUCUUGGCUUGCGCAUCGCUCAUCAGUUUUCCGUCCUGCUUUCGUAGCUUCCUUGUUUGUAGCAAAUCGAUAGGUUAUCUGAUUAGCUGGACAGGUACAAACGAUAGGCAAUAGACCAAGAGAAAAGAAUUGAGGAAAAAGUGGUUUCAGCGAAACCGGCGUUUUGAGCUGAAACGCGUAUUGCCAAUGCAGAAACAAGGUCGCAUGCAGUAUUUUAUUUAGUGUUAAAAGCUAUCCGUGAACGCUGAGACGGAAGAAAUUGACUCUGUACAGUAUAAAGGAAUUCACUGCUCUACGUGACCUAUGGUCCAACGACAUCAUAUAUAAGAGAGCAAGGAAAUUGCAGACUUCAGUUGGUUAAAAAAACUUGACCAAAAAAGUGGAGACGUUCUCAAGAUCCUCUGAAGAGGAGAAGGCCGUUCAGAAAGAAGCGAAAGAGAAAGCUUUGCUGAAGUCAUCAUGUUUAACGUAAGUAAUCGCUGUUUCUUGCGACUGUUUAGAAUACGUUAAGAAAUUCUAAUCUACGCACAAAAAACUCAUUUUAUACCAGGAUUGAAGAGAGAUAACGAUGCUCCCAGACUCUUUCUAAUGUGUCGCCCAUGUGUCAGUUUUAACCCUCAGCUCUGAGCCCUAAGAGUGAUCAGCAUAAAAUUUCUCCUUAUAACAUCAACGCUUUGUAAAACGUAGCGUGGUCAUGAGAAUCACGGACAAGAUCACACAAGAUGAAUUUGCUUGAUAUUUUAUCAACUUCUCCCCACUACUUCUGUAGGUAAUGAAAAGGGACAACAAAUGAGAAUUCAAAUUUUGGUCUUAUGGUUUAAAGGGCUAAGGAAAUGGAUGUUCCAAUUUAUCUUGGGUAUUAUAAAAAUAUAUAUACUUAGAAACUGAAAAGAUCAAAGAAUUAACGGGUUAUUCACAGUUUUGCAACAAGUUAUUACAAAAAACGAGAAACGUCCUACACCUCAUGAUAUUCAACGCGAUCGAAGAAACUUUUAACACAAAAUAAAAUGUUAAAGUCAAUAAACGCAAAAGUGAUGUCUGAAUUUGGUUCUCGACCCUUCACAACCUGACAAGUUCCUCUGCACAAUAACACACCAAUGGUACCAACAGGUCUCAAUGAUUUUAAAAAUAAUCUUUUACAUUUUUAUUUUAAAGAAACUAUUUGUAUUUGUGGCCAGAAGUUACUGUCUCCUGCUCUCUCUACUUGUAUUAACAAGCUCCACUUCCGGAAAUCCUUUAUCCAGGGGUGACGGAUCGGAGUCUAAGAAGGUAAGCUCUUCCUUUACUUUGCAUUAUACUUCCUGUUCCCUUCCCUCUCCUUUUCUUUCAUUUAGGAACCUUCUGGAUGUGGAUAUGGUCUCUUCCUUAAUAAUAAUAACAACAAUAAUAAUAAUAAUAAUAAUAAUAAUAAUUAGAGUAUAAGACUUUGAUAUUAUUCUAAAUAGGUUUUUAGUAGAGAUAACUACAUUAUAAUGGCCUCGUGUAGGCUUAUAAAAGAAAAUGGGAGUAUAAAAACUGAAUACUUUUCUAAAUAGGCUUCUAGUAGAGAUAAUUAUAUCAUCACAUCUUUGCGUAGGUUUUACAGAGUAUAAGAAUUUAAUAAUAUUCUAGUAGAGAGAUUCAUAUCAUUAUGUAUAUUAGGAUUGUAUUAGGUUUCGUACCGAACUUUUUCUACUUCUAAGUAUAGCUUCUUAAUCUCUUAAGUGGUGUAGGUUACGUUAUGCGCCCUAUACUACUCAUAAUGUGGACAGCAUUCCAAAGUUUUACACUGCGAGAUAAUAAUAGUGAUAAUAACAAUAAUAAUAGUACAUGUAAUAAUAAAAUCACACUAACUAUUAAGUUCAUAUACGCGGGGUUUUGCUGCAUUUUCAAAAAAAGACCAUUGAAAGAUGUAUUCUCAGAUAAGAGCAAAAAGAACCGCGUUACAAGUUGAACUGGCUGUUCUUCAGCCUCAUUCACCUGAACUGCGGUACUGACAUUUUAAUUCUUGCUUGUCUAACACAGGUCGUGGAUUUUAAUAUUCACGUUACUGAAUCGGGAGAAGAGUACAACGAAACGAUUGAAGUGAAUACACGGAAGCAAACAGAGGUGUUUAAAGUUCCUGCUCACCCCGGUGUGGAUCGCAGUGAUGUCAUGCAUGACUUUAAACAGGUAAUUAUAAGCUCCACAACACUGUUGGAUGUUACAUGUUGCGUCAGUUUGCACACACUGUUGCAUGUUGUUGUGUGUUGUUGCACAAAGUUUGAAACCGAUCAAACUUUUAGCGGAGCUCUAGCGCGCGCAGCGGAGAACCAUGGGUAAGAAAAUCUGGUUACUAUGCAUCCUAGAAAUUUUGGUUCCGACAAAAUCGUUCGUGCGCACGCGCUUACGUCCAUCCCUUCAUGUAAGCUAGUCCGGUCGUGAGCGUCCAGAGUUCAUUUCCUGCGCUAAUGGCACAUAGAAUCGAUAAUGAUAAGAGAAAUUAGUUCUGUGAAAGGUUUGAACCCAGGAGUCAUUUCAAAAGUAGGUUGAGUUUGAUCGUUCGAGUGAACGUAGUCCUCAAUAGGACUAUUGUUGUUGACAGUGACUGACGUUUCGACAACCUGUGCGGUAGUCAUCUUCAGAGUCAAAGUGAGUUGUGUCACGUCAGUUGAUGGUAUUAUACUCUGGUUAUUGAUUUGAUUGGUCAAUUACGUCGUGACGUUAUUGGUCGUCUGUCAGUUAAGCCGUGAUGUUAUUGGCUAUGAAGACUCGUAAUCAGUAAUUAGUGCGUUUCGAUCCGUCUAUUGUCACAGUUAAACAGUUCACCAGUCAAUUUUUCUAGUUAUCUUUGAUUAAUUGUUUAUUUUUUAUUUACGUUUUUUUCAAACUCUUUUUCUGAAUCUUACUUGCAGAAAUUAACCAUGAUGAGAAUUCCGGACAAAGGGAUUUGCUAUCUGAUGCCUCUUCCAAAAGAUUUGUCUGCCCCAGAUAAACUCAUUGGAGAUCUUGAGAAAGCCUCCCAGGUCAGAAAAUCAUUUCUUUCCAUGUCUACUCUCUGUUCCUCUCAAGAAAGCGUCCUCAAGCUUAAAAGGGACAAAGUCAGGCGAUACAUAUGCGCAUUAAAUACUAUUUCUUCCCUCGUUUGCUAGCGCUUAAUACAAGAAGCGCGAUUCAUGCUGUUUUUAACAUAAAAAUAUUCAUAGGCAACCUCGUUCCCAGUCGUCCUCGGCGAUUUCGGAUGUGACGUCACCUGUCAAGCUUGUCGGCCUCCUCUGGUCACUCGGAUAGCGCGAACAGGCCUGGGUACGAGGCUGAUUCAUAGGAUGAGCAUAUCACUAUUGACUGACAAUGUGAACUGCGGACAUUCAAAUUUAAAUAAAGAUAUGAUCAUGGCAGUGGUAAUCGCAAUUUAAGCAAUUGCAAAUCAGUAAAAAUUUAUUUGCAAUUCCUUAAAUUGCAUUCUUACCACUGCGACGAUCAUAUCUUUAUUAAAAUUUGUGUUUCCGCACUGAGUUCACAUCAUCAUUCUAUGUUUCAUUCCUUUCACGGGUUAACUUAGCUCAACUCAAACUUAGCUCAAUUAGUAUAGCACUGCAGCGCUAAUGCAGAGGACAUGGGUCUGAAUCCCGUUGAAGUCCCGACAUUUUUUUAGGGCUAAUUUGCAAUUGCUUAAAUUGCAAUUUCUACUGCGACGAGUAUAUCUUCACAUAAAAUUGAAUCACUGUUGUUAUAUUAUUAUAACUUUACUGACUUAAGACUUCUGACCUCCACUAUACAUGUAGCCGGACAUUAACUUAACGAUCAUGCAAUCCACCAGGGAGUUAUCGACAAGGGAACGCGUAUUGACAGCACAUGGAUGGUGAAUGGAGAACUCAGUGAGCGUUCAUUUCUCAGCGACGAUCUACAGCAAUUUUGCACUGACUUUCCAAUAUACCUAUUGAAAGAGUCACGAAACUCUUUGGCAGUCAUCGGCAUCCAAGAAGCGGGUAAGAACCUAAAACUCUAGUCCGAGAGACAUGCAUGCGCGUCGCGCGAGCAUGCGCGUCGCGCGAGCAUGCGCGUUGUGCAAGCAUACCGUUGUUGUGCUAGUCUUCCGCGCCUCUUACUCCACGAGGAACUGGUUAUUAAUCCAUGGCCAUUUACAGUGGUUUCUUCUCAGGGGAAGUUUACAUGGAGGUGGGGGGCCCCAAGGUAGGUGAGGUAACCCACUUAGGUGUAUGGGGUAAACCUUCCUGUCCAUAUAAUCAUUUUAAUUUGAGAACGUUUGCAUGAUAGGCGGGGUGACCAUAUGAGAGAUUAUAUGGACAGGCGGGUUACCCCAUCUAAGCAGGUCACCUCAACUACCUCGGCUCCCCCACCUUCAUGUAAACAAGCCCUUAAUGGCUGAACGCCUGACCCGAAGUAUUUUAUCCUAUCUGUACCUGUCCAUUUGCCUUUAUGGUAUCCAGUUUAUUGACUCACCAAUUUAUUCGGUACAGUUGUAAUAUUUUUGAAGUUAUCAGGUUUGUAGCGUAAGGGGGCUGUGACACGGCUUCAAAGUUAAAGUUACUAAUAUUGCAAAUUACGCUUUCUUAUGGGCUACUGAACUUAACGUUGGCGAGGAAAAUAACUUGUAAAUGACAAAAACAUAGCUUUUUGUGCGACAAAUAUGCCUCUCAAGCAUUAUAUCAAAUGUUACAAACAAUAAAAAGAAACUUUGAAAAACUCUUAGGCUAAAAAGUUUUGAAAGACCCAUAAUUUCACUCCUUUCCAAUUUUCUUCAACUUUAUCUAUCCGCGUCCACUUCUAUAUUUGCUGUGUUAUUCAUACUUUCUUUUAAUGCUUUGAUCUUUUAUUUUUAUGUUUCACUCCAGGUGGCGACAAUUCGUAAAAAUAUUUACGUGACACAGCUCUAAACACAGCUCUACACAGUACCAAAAAAGUUAUUUUUUUCUUUCGCAGAAAUUGCAAACCGACUGCGGAGACAAGCUAUACCCUACGUAGGCAAAAUAUGCGAUGGCGGCAUGGACUACGACACAGCUCUUCGUUUUUGUGAUAAACCAUAUAGGAAGUGCAAAGUGGCCACCAGAACAUGCUACAAGUGGGUGACAUGUCCAGGGGGAGGUAGGAGUGAGGCUCCCCCUUCCUCG